AUGUCCGGUCCCAACCGGACUUACAGUUUUGGCGAGGGCGACGACGGUUCAGCACAUCCAUCUUCCAGAACUCAUGCCAUGCACUCUCAGUACGACGAUGUCUCCCAGAUCUCCGACGGAGCCCGCAUGAAUCCGACGAAUGGUCUGGGAAUGGACCACGGACUUGCCUCAGUGCCGGAGGACGGCCAUCGGGGAUGGGGUCGGGGUCCAGAACCGUCACCCUCGAUACUUACAGGUUCAUCAGCGACCCCGGGGUUGGAUAAUCUGGGGCCAGGGGCCGUUGGAGGCGGCAUUAGCGGUAUUGCUCUCAGCGUUGCCAAUAGCCACGAUCGUUUGAGUGGAGUGGAGGCCCUCAUGGGCACAGAGGGCCAGGAGGCUAAUAUUCCUGCAGAGCGAGGGUUCGGUACCACGGGCUCCGAUAACCCAUACAUCCCUGCGCCGCCGGAGCAUCGAUAUUCGUACGGUUCUAAUGUCGCUUUGGGGGCAGCCGCUGCCCCGGCUGGACAGUUGACCCCGGGUCAAUCCGUUUCGCAUCUCAGCUCGUCGAAUCCAUCGCAACGCAACCUAUAUGAUAUCCCGUAUCAGGGUGUAGGGGGUCUGAACGCCGGUCCCUACCAACGGCACUCGGCUUAUAGCUCGAAUGAUCUGCCUGUUGAUAUCAAUCCAGACGAGAUCGUCGAUGAUGGUGAUGACGGUUUUGCGCCGGCGCCAAACUCCAGAUCUGGAGCUCGCAUUCAGACCGUUCCUGCGGCGGCUGGAGGUGCAGCAGCAGGUGGGGUUCUGGGGAAUCUGGGAGGGCUAUUCGGGGGCAAGAGUGCUGCCGAUACAUCGUAUGGACCGGUUCCGGGAGCUGGUCUUGAGGCUGGAGAGAAGGGUCGCUGGGUGAAGCCGAAACCUGGAGGGGGUAGCAGGAAGCGCGGAUGGAUUGUGGGGGCAAUCCUGGCUUUCAUCAUUAUCGGGGCCAUCGUAGGAGGUGCGGUCGGUGGUACAAUAGGCCACAAAGACAAUGCGAAGUCAUCCUCGGCUUCCUCCUCUUCCACACAAACGGCCAACGGCGACACAAGCGCCAACGGGGAUCUGGAUAAGAACUCCGCCGAGAUCAAGGCCCUGAUGAACAACAAUAAUUUGCACAAAGUCUUCCCCGGUAUUGAUUACACCCCGUGGGGUGUUCAAUACCCGCUGUGUCUAAAGUAUCCUCCAUCUCAGAACAAUGUGACCCGGGAUAUGGCUGUGCUCACGCAACUAACAAACAACGUGCGACUCUACGGUACGGACUGCAACCAGACGGAGAUGGUCCUUCACGCAAUCGACAAGCUCGAGUUGAAAGACAUGAAAAUCUGGCUCGGUGUGUGGAUCGACAGUAACGAAACGACGUCAAGACGGCAGCUAGAUCAAUUGUACAAGAUCAUCGAUGACGCCAAAGAUACUUCCAUCUUCAACGGGGCUAUUGUUGGUAAUGAAGCCCUCUUUCGAGCAGGAAGUGACAAGGCGUCCGCGCAAAGGACCCUCACCAACUACAUGCAGGAAGUGAAGGACUACUUCAAAAAGAAGAACCUUGAUUUACCAGUCGCAACGUCAGAUUUAGGUGACAACUGGGACGCAACCUUAGUUCAAGCGGCAGAUGUUGUCAUGUCCAACGUGCACCCUUUCUUCGGAGGCAUUCCGAUCGAUCAAGCUGCGGCUUGGACGUGGCAAUUCUGGCAGGAUCACGAUGUCGCCUUGACCAAAGGCACCAACAAAAAGCAGGUCAUCUCUGAAGUUGGCUGGCCCAGCGGUGGAGGAAAUGAUUGCGGGAGCGGUGCUAAUUGCCCGAACGACACAGCGGGUUCAGUGGCUGGCAUCGACGAGAUGAACAAAUUCAUGGAAGACUGGGUCUGUCAAGCCCUGGAGAAUGGCACGGAUUACUUCUGGUUCGAGGCAUUCGACGAGCCAUGGAAGAUCCAGUACAAUACUGCGAACGAGAAUUGGGAAGAUAAAUGGGGUCUCAUGGACGCGGCUCGUAACCUCAAGCCUGGCCUCAAGAUUCCCGACUGUGGCGGCAAAACGGCCACUCGGUGA